ACGGUGCGUGCGUUUACUGUGGUAUCAAAUUAGUUUGUGUUCAUGAGAGGGACUGGAACACACAUAGACUUCCCUUGUGUCACUGCCACUGACCCUUCCUCUACAGACACACCCUCAGGCUUUGGCCCUUCAACUGUGAUCCCGCACGUGCUCUCCGUGCCAGUGCAAACAGUUCCAACGUCGCACUCUGAAUCUUCUCACUAACUUUGCCGUUUUGCAGGUCACAGAAAAAGCUUGACUUAAUUUCUGAAUCGUCUGUGAUGCUGUCUGCCUCUCAUCCCCGUGUCUUAUAAUUGCUUGAAUUACAUUAUACCCAAUUAUCGGCUGCUCAGCCACAUCUGAGUCACUUGAGACUAACAACUGGGCUAACAGCGGCUCUGAUGAGCCCUGGUCUUGAGCUAGUCUGAAUUCUAUUUCUACCCAGCCUAAGAAGGGUAUUUGUGUCUGCCAGUAGGCUCAGUAUUGGUGCACUGCAGUGGUGAUGUCAUCAGUUGGGGCCGAUGGCGUCCAGCUUUCUGGAUUAUUAUAAUAAUGAAAGCGUCGACGUUCUGUGCUUCCCAGGAUGCUCUAGUAAACCUGGCGGACUGGAUGGCUGAUGACGUACUGAUUGCUGCUUUACUGUAUCUUGUAUUUGCCCACUGCGCUCCCACUGUGAUCCAGGCGGAAGAACGCGGCAACGUCACGCUCACCUGGCUGCUCCCUCUGGAGGCCGACGCCCCCCUGGCCUCGCUGUACAUAGACAUCUGGACCGUGAAGCUGGAGGAGCUCUGCAGGGUCUACCUCUACGACGACCAGUACCAGGAUGAGCCGCACCAGGACGAGCUCUACAGGCGGCGGGUGCGGUGCGACCUGGAGCUCGCCAAGCACGGCCGGAUCGAGUGUCUGUUCAGGGACCUGCGGCUCGACGACACCGGCAACUACACCUGCAUCGCUGGCUUUGACCAGGAGCACUUUAACAGGGGGGCGCAGUCCCUCAGAGUCACAGAGGCCGAGCACGAGACGUCGGAGCCGGUGGGACGGAGCCGCGUCAUGAUCCCCGUGUGCCUCAGUUGGUUUGUCGCGGUGAUCGGCCUCCUUUGUUACUUUGUUGCAAAGUGCAAUAACUCCGCUACCUCGUGUGUCAAUUCAAUGGAAGCCGCGAGACCGCUGCCUCAGCUACAAAGUGGUCCACUAGCAUGUUGUUGUUGCCUGAGCCAUCUGCAAGUGAUCCCACCGCCAACAUUAAUGACACACUAAAGAGUUAACUAUUCCCAGUGAGCACAAGACGUAAUUUCAACGUUGAAAUAUGGUUGAAAUCGGGUUGAA